AAUAAUAACAAAACGCUGACAAAUUAUUUUCCGCAGAACCAGAAGUGUCUAGCAAUUUGCAAACGCAGCUAGAGCUGUGCUGAACAGAUUAUAGAGAUAUACUAUAUAUACCUUUAUAUACCAUAAAUACAAAGCAACAACGAAUACGCGUCAUUUUCAUUGUUUAGUGGGUUUUUUUUUCUUUCUUUGUGUCGGCCAUUUUGAUUGAAAAUGGUUCGAAAAAUAUAUUCCUUACUUUUGAUGGUCGUGUACCUCUCCAUGUUCGAAGCGAAGGACCAUUUGCUGUCGGAUGAGUUUAUUGAGUUGGUCCGCGGAAAAGCAAAUACUUGGACUGUUGGCCGAAAUUUCCAUGAAUCUGUGUCAGAGAAAUAUAUACGGGGCCUAAUGGGCGUCCAUCCUGAUGCUGAUAAGUUUGCUUUACCCGACAAAAUGGAGGUUCUUGGCAAACUCGUAGAAGAUUCCGACUCCGAUAUACCAACAGAGUUUGAUGCCCGUGAAAAAUGGUCUAAUUGCCCAACCAUUGGUGAGAUCAGAGAUCAGGGUUCAUGCGGUUCAUGUUGGGCCUUUGGAGCCGUUGAGGCCAUGUCGGAUCGCGUUUGCAUUCAUUCCCAAGGCAAAGUGAAUUUCCAUCUGUCCGCAGAUGAUUUGGUCUCAUGCUGUCACACAUGCGGAUUUGGCUGCAAUGGCGGAUUCCCCGGUGCCGCUUGGAGCUAUUGGACACGCAAAGGAAUCGUCAGUGGGGGCAACUUUGGAUCUCAGCAGGGUUGCCGCCCCUAUGAGAUUGAACCAUGCGAGCAUCACGUAAAUGGCACACGCCCACCAUGCUCCAGCGGCAGUACGCCCCGUUGUCAGCAUGUGUGCGAGUCCAGCUAUAAAGUGGACUAUAAGAAGGAUAAAAACUUUGGUUCCAAGUCCUAUUCGAUAAAAAACAAUGUACUGGACAUACAGAAAGAGAUCAUGAACAAUGGACCCGUGGAAGGAGCCUUUACCGUCUAUGAAGAUUUAAUUUUAUACAAGAGCGGUGUCUAUGAACAUGUCCAUGGCAAGGAGCUGGGAGGUCAUGCCAUACGCAUUCUCGGCUGGGGUGUCUGGGGUGACGAGAAAAUUCCCUACUGGCUAAUUGCAAACUCAUGGAAUACCGAUUGGGGUGAUAAUGGAUUCUUCCGCAUUGUGCGCGGCAAGGAUCAUUGUGGCAUUGAGAGCUCCAUAUCGGCUGGUUUGCCCAAGCUAUAGACAAAGAAACAUUCUAAUAUUUUUACAUACCAUAUGCAUAUACUUUUAUAUUGCUCACAAACAAAAAGGAAACAAGGAGGAAGGAAAACAAAAAUGAAUACCUCUUAUGACAUUAGUUAAAUUAAAUUGAUUUCUAACGCAAAUGUAAACAAACGAAAAUAUUAAAAAAAAAAAAAUAAAUAAAAGACCAACUAUUUUGUUAUACCUAUA